UUAGAAACUUUAGGGUUCCGUUCCCUCUGCGAGCCUUCCUCUGUGCGAAUCUCCGAAACCAAAACCCUAAUUUUUCCGAUCGGAGUCUUAAUCAGUGGCUCCAAAUCCGCAAUUACUAUCGUAUCGGUAGACGAGGAGAAGAAGAUGGGGCUUAUAAGGAGGAGCUUCUCGUUCAUCGCGGGCACCGUAUUCGGGAUCUACGUCGCCCAGAACUACAACGUCCCCAACCUCAAAAAGAUCGCCGAUUCCACCUUCUCUACGGCCAAGCAAGUGGAGGAGAAGUAUCGCAAGCCCAGGACCCGGCACGAUGACUGACAGAUUUCCACCGUCCUUUAAUACUUCUUUUUUGUUUUUCUUUUCUGGGAUUUGGGGUAAAGGGUUUGAUUAUAAAGUCACCAUUUUAAUUUUUUCAUUUGAUUCAAUUCGAAUUCUGUAUUUUCGGUUUUAAUGAGAUCAAUGUCAGUCCAGGUACUCGGAACCCUAGUUUCGUCAAAAGUUUGUUACUUGAGAAACAAGGAAUCUAG